AUGCCGACGCGCGCGUCGGCGCGGCAGACGACGGUGCUCAGCAAGGAGCAGCUGCACAACCAGAUGGUCGAGAGGGAGGCGAAGCGGCUGAAGCAGGUAGCCGCCAUGGAGAAGAAGGCCAAGAGGCUCGCGGCGCUGAAGAAACCCCCCAUGACCCAGGCGGAGCGCCUCGCCGAGGCGGCCCUCGUCGAGAAGAGAAACGCAAAGAGCCUGAACCGCUGGGAGGAGGCCGAGAAGGCGAGGGAGGCGGAGCGCGCGGCCAAGCUGGCGGCCCUCAACAACCGCACCCUCAAGGGGCCCGUCAUCACGUUCUGGAGCGGCAUGGGCGAGUGGGAGGGCGACGCGAACGGCGGCAAGACGGUCACCAUGGAGGAGAAGCAGCCUCGGAAGAAGAGAGAGAAAAAGGAGAAGCCGGAGAAGGGCAAGGCCAAGGCUGACAAGAAGGGAGGUGCCGCACCCGAGACGGACGCCGCGACACCCGCCCUGGGGGGCGCGCCAGCGACAGCACCGGCAACAGGUAUGGGGACGGAGGCCAAGCCAGGAGUCGACUCGAUGCUGUCGACACCAGCAACAACAUCGCCAAACACGCCCAUCUCGGCCGCGGACCCAGGGCUGGCGAAACUGCCUGAGAGCUCUAUGCCUCCACUCAAAGUAGAAGAUGCACCAAGCCCGGCACCGCCGUCAGCUGCGCCUGAACAACCAUCUCUGACCCUCGAGCCGGCACCAGCGGCACUGGCACCGCCAGCACCGGCACCAGCAGCACCACCUACGGAUCCUGAGCCCGGACCCCCGACCAUCUCACCAUCACCACAGGGCCCCUCUCCUCUGGCUCUUCCCGCCCCUCCUCCUCCUCUUCCUGCUGCUGCUGCUGCUGCUGCUCCUCUUUCUGCUCCCGCUGUCGCCUCUCCUCUUGCUCCCUCGGCAGCUCCUGCUGCACCGCCACAAUCUGGUCUCAAGGCUCCCGUUCUCGCGCCGCCUGUCCUGGCACCACCUCUCGGUGGCAUCCAUCUCAGCAGCUCCGGUAUGAACCCCAGGUCAAACGUGCUCGCUCCGCCAAACACAACACAAAGGCCAUCGCCCCUGUCCCUGCCGCCGACAACGCCAGGCCAGUCGUCACACAACUCCGUGCCGGCAGUCUCUCAAGCGGGACAGCCCCCGUUUCAGCAGUCUCAGCUGAUUCAACCCGCUACGGCUCCUACACAGACACAGCUGCUGCAGCCUUUGCAACCACUGGCACCUGCCGUCCAGCCUCCACCUCUCCAAACACAACUUGAGCCCCAACCCGGCAAAGGAGGCGUGCCCACGCAGCAACCUGCUGCCGCCUCCCAGACAAGCGAAACCACACCGGCAUCGUCAACCCUUCCUACACCGUCCGACCCUCACGCACCCCAAGCGUCGGCACAGCCAGCACCAGCGCCAGCAGCCCCCCAGAAGACGACCCGCCACGCCAUCAUCCUCCAGAACUUUGCCGAGCCCCUCAUAGCCAACAAGGCCACCCAGUCGCGCGUCCUCUUCGGCCCCCACCGCAAGCUCGCCAAGCUCGCCAAGCCCCCCGCCGCGCCGCUCUGCGCCAUCACGAACCACCCGGCCCGCUACCGCGACCCGUACACCGGCCUGCCGUACUUCAACGCCUACGCAUACCGCGAGAUCCAGCGCCUGCGCCGCGGCGAGUACCGCUUCAGCGCCCUCGUCGGCGCCUGGGUCGGCAGCUGCACCUACGCCGCCAAGGGCGUGCCCGUCGCGUUUCUCGGCGGGCCGGAGGCGCGAGCCAAGGAAAAGGAGCUCGAGAAGGAGGCCGAAGAAAAGAAGAAGAAGCAGCAGCAGCAGCAGAUGGAGGAAGCGGAGGCCAAGGAAAAGGAGAAGCUCAGAGAGGCAGAGGAAGCAGAGCAAAGGCAGAGACAGCAGCAGCAGGAGCAGAGCGAGGCAGCAGAUCAGGUCCGUCCAGCAACGACGGGCGAGAGGCACCCAGACGGCGCCGUCGUCGCUGUCGCCGAGGCCGAGAAUGCUGCACCACAGACGACGGACGGGAUGGACGUCGACGUGCCUGCCCCGGUCCCAGCCGCCCGGCCACAGCAGCAGCCUCAACAGCUCGCUGCCGGCACGGCGUCGACGGUGCCGCCCCCGUCUGCGCCGAGCGCGCCGUCCGCUGAGACCCCGGCUCCCGCUGCUGCCGUGCCCUCUGUGGCGCCUCCGCCUGCUGAGCAGGGCGCUCCGGCGCCUGCGGCGGUGUGA